GGAACCUCUUGAAGAGUCAUUAUCUCAAUAUAUGACGUAACCUCUCACUAAUAACUGUUCAGGUGUUCUUGAGUUUUUUUGGCCUAUAGUGCUCCAUGGGUGUACUCAGCUGUCAGGUUCAUGGUGCCAGUCAGUGUGAAAGUUGAGGCAACUAAAUGAAAGACACGAAUAAUAUAUUUGUUUACAAUUUGUAUUUAGCAUCAUAUUUUUCUCUUAGAUUAAAGGUUAUUGGUUUACCACAUAUGAGAUCUGCCUAACAUCGGUUUAACAAUUGAAGAGACGUCAUCUGACGUCCUUAAGAUGUAUUUCGAAAAUGGGUACAUAAAAAACGAUCCACACAUAAUGCACCAUUUUGAGCGGUCAUUGUGUCUCGUCUCUAAUAUGACAACUAAUUAAUUACACAGUGAUUCAAUUAUUAAGCACAUUAUUAUAUGCCAUGUCCGUAGACUCUACACUAAUUAAAUGGGAUACUAGCGGUGAAAAUCUGCCCAACCCAAAUUUGGUGGAAAGCGAUUCAAGUUAUUGAUCAGAGGCCGAGUCCUUUAGCCACCAAGAUUGUCUUCCAGUAUAUUUAAGAAGAUACUUUUCGUAAAAGCAACAGGGUACAUAAUGAAGUCUGGUAAACUUUUUCAGCCUUAUCUUAAGUAUAACUACCUUUGCCAUUUAUGCAGGCAAGGCGUUUUAGGCGUCAAAACUUCUAGAGCCCACAAAUGGUUGCGGUAACUUCAGUGGAUGCACAUUUGUGUUAGAUACCAAGUUUUUCAUAAAUAAUAGAGACGCUUACGUGCCAACUGAAGGACAAGUGCAAGCUUUUUUAUUAUAGACGCCUUUGAAGUAUUGCUCACGUUUCGAAUAGCAACCAAGUAAGCUAUAUUAAUGUUAGGCAUAGAAAACUAGACAAACGUAAUAGAUCGGUUUGUGAAGUAGUCUUCAUCAACUAAGGUGGUUAGAGCAUAUUUUAGGUAUACUUCACCUACCUCGAGGCACGAUAUUGGAUGGUGUAGGAUUAGGCUGAAAAAAGCUAGGAGCUCCCAAACCAAGGUAUGACAUUAAUUCAUAAAAUCGCUAUCCACUGGACUGAGGCGUGUUGGUGAGUAAAGACUACCAGGCUGUGGUUCUCGUAAUGAUCGAAGCCAAUGGUAAUGGACGAUGGCUGAUUUUGCUCAUAAUCGUUCGCAGCAACGCAGAUACACUCACUCUUUAUACUCCUCUCAAUUUUGAAUCUCAGUACUCUUUUUGAUCCCCAUUUGACCUCAAUAUAAAGUCGGUAAUGAUGUCAACGAAACACAGACCCUGCUUCGCAUAUAUCCUGUCGACAAACCUCGUCAAUAACAGUGGGGUUAUAACAAGUCAAAGAGGAGUAUUUCAGAUGUUUAUAUUUCAUGCAGUCGUUUUGAGAAAAAAACUAGUUGGUGAGAAGCGGAGAUGGUAGAUGUGCUUACUCAAAACAUUACUCAUUACAAGUGUUAACAUGACUCAAAAUAGAGCAUGAAAAGGAGACAUACAUUUGAUACAACAAUCGGUGUACAGACACACGAGCAUACAUGAGAUGUGUAAGUGUAUGAUUACUAGGAAAUAAAUAUCAGGUGUGUACGGUGUUACUAAAACUAUUUUUACCACUUGUGAAACUGAGUCAUUCGUGACUAAUUUGUUACUUUACUUACUGUCAAAGGUUCAUCAUUCAGAAUUUGUGCCUGCACCAAAUACCAUUGGAAAUAUGGCACUACUACCCUUACGCACAAAGUUUCGAGGACCUGCACCUAUGAAUAUGGAUUUGGAAAAAGAUAUUAUUGACGAAGCUCUCUAUCUUUUUAAAUCACUCAUAUUUCUUCGACAGUACGAACUAAAAGUAAGGUUACAUUUUAUUCAUCUAACCCAAAUAAAUUUCAUUGUUUUGUCAUAGUAUGUGCCCUUUCAAUUGUUAUAAGGUUUCGUGGAAAAAUUAGCUCUAAAUUUUGUAUUACAAGAAGUCACACCUGACCAACGAAGUAUAUUCUUAGUACAAAAACUCAUAGUUACUUGCAGUUAAUAAAAUGAGUGAAGCUGAUCGUGUACUUGUUUAUCUCGUUUUAUAUAUUUUGGAAUGCUUAAGAAAAUUACAAAGGUGUCCAAAUAGAACUUCUGGAGCUAAAGAAUUAGCUGCAAUGGCCAUAAGUCGUUUCGAUAUACCAGGUGAUCCAGAUUUUCCUCGAGAAUUAAACAAUAUGUAUGCUAAACCGAAAAAUGCCACAGAAAUGGAAACAAUGCGUGGUUAUUUAACUCAGUUAAGACAAGAGUUAGGUGUACGAUUAUUAGAUAAAGUCUACCGUGAUGAUAAUAGCCCACCGAGUAAGUGGUGGUUGUGCUUUGGCAAGCGUCGUUUCAUGGAUCAAUCUUUAACGCCAUUGGGAGUAUUCUAA